AUGACUCUCCGACUCUCUACGAGAAUCUCCAUUCGAUGGGCCGACGAUGCUCCCUCCGAGCCCACCGAUACCGUGGUGCUAAGUGUCGGCGAUUAUUUCAUGGACCUGCGCAUCACCAAAGCAGAUCAGUCCAUCGACUGGGCAUUUGCUGGAACCAGGGAGAUCCUAUCACGGGACCCUCUCCACUGCAGAUGGAGCCAUACAAUCGACUCCAGACUCUCCUUUGACCCAGAUGAAGGAAAGUUUCAGCCACUCCCAAAUGGCGACGACCUCGAGACCGGAUCUAUGCCCUGUGCUGAAAAGGGAAACCAAAUCACGCCUUACGAAGAAGUUUGGCGAGAGCUCCAACCCAGGCAUGGAAUGAACCGCGGCUGGAUCCUCCAAGGACAAUUAGGUGGCGAUGAUGUCUUCCUCGGCCAGUAUGGUGGCAUCUACCUUGCUAUGCGCCAGAAUAAGCAGGGCGUGUUCAGCGUUCUAAAGGAGGAGUUGACCAACGUCCAAGGUCGGCUGCGGUGGAAGAGAGCGUAUCUAUCAGGUGACCUGAAGCUUCCGUCACAUUCAAGCAUGGGCGUCAUUUCUCCACCCGAAGAAGAGAAGUGGAGGGUCGGCGGAACCGCAGUAUUUGAUGGUCAGGUAUACCAGGUUCGCGCAUUGGAGAUUCAUGGGCAGGAAACAACUAUCAAGGCGCGGACAUCACGACUGUAG